UUGGUGUUGCUGUCGCGGCAGAUCCCGUCCGUGCAAGCGUGAUCGCACGGAAACAAGUGAUACGACAAGUCGCGGUUAGAGCCUCCGAAAAUGUCAAAGUCCGACGAGAGGAAGAUGAAGGAUUCGUCGGGGACAGCUUUUCGGAAAAUCGACGUCGACCAGUACAACGAGAACCAGUUCAAGGAGGACGAUGGCGAAGGCGGUGUUACCGGGCCAAUCGGACCGGACGAGAACGAAAUUCACGCUCUACUUAGCCAGGGCAAACAUGCCGAGGCUUUAAUUUCCGUGCUCAAAUCUGCGCCGCUAGGAACGAAGAAUCAGCAAGUUAAGGAUAACGCACGACAGCUGACCCAAAAAGUACUCCUGAGUAUAAAAACCAACCAAAUGGAUGACUGCAUAGCACAGUUAGAUCGGGACCUGAUGGAUGUUUUGAUGAAGUACAUUUACAGAGGGUUUGAAAUACCAAACGAAGGUAGCAGUGGACACUUGCUGGUGUGGCACGAAAAAGUAUAUAAUGUCAGUGGAGUUGGCAGUAUCGUCAGAGUGUUUGCCGACAGUAAAAGAGCUUGAACAAUCAAAGUGUUCAUCAUUGUCCAAUUGAUCUUCCUUUUAGUUACUAAAAUCCGUCGUUAGUAACAGAAAGGAUGUAGAUAGCUAAGUCAUACCAUUUUUCAGUAUGGAACCGCAGUGCAUUUAUAUGAAGUUGUUAUCAAUAAAAUAUUUUUAUUUCUUCUUAUUAAACAAAGACUGUACAUGUUCCGUUUUUUUAUCUUUUUUUGGAAUGCAAAAUCGUUUUUAUAAAUCAUACUAUGAAAGAAAAGAAUCAUUUUUAAUGGUUUCAUUAAACGUAUAUUAUACGUAAAAACGUCAUUUGUUAAUAAAAUCGCACAUCUCUAAUAAUAA